AUGAGCAAGCAAUUAUUCUACGCGAGCCUUGUGCUAGCUUUCUACCUCUCAUAUCAGUAUGCUCUUGCUCAGACUGAAAAUUCCAAUUUGCCACUCAAAGCUGUGAAUCUUGGAAAUUGGCUCGUUAUUGAGGGGUGGAUGAAACCUGCUCUCUUUGAUGGAAUAGCCAACAAAGAUCUUUUGGAUGGAACUCAAGUGCAGCUAAAGUCUACCAAGUUAGUGAAGUAUCUGUGUGCAGAAAAUGGGGGAGGAAGUAUUGUUGUUGCGAAUCGCACCAAAGCUUCGGGUUGGGAAACUUUCAGGUUGUGGAGAGUCAAUGAAACGGCCUUCAAUUUUAGAGUUUCUAGUAAGCAAUUUGUCAGAUUGACAAAUGAAGAUGAAGGAAACAAUUUAGUGGCUGAUUCUGAUUCACCAAGCGACAAGGAAACAUUUGAGAUUCUGAGGAAUGAUGAUGACCCUAACAAGGUUCGCAUCAGAGCACCAAACGGUCUGUUUUUACAGGCAAUAUCGGAGACUGUGGUAGUAGCAGAUUAUGAAGGAUCCAGUUGGGAUGACAGUGACCCUUCAGUAUUUAAAAUGAAUGUUUUGACAGGAAGCAUUAUAAGAGGGGAAUUCCAAAUUACAAACGGUUAUGGCCCAGACAAAGCUCCCAAAAUCAUGCAGGAUCACUGGAAUACGUAUAUAACUGAAGAUGAUUUCAAAUUCAUGUCAGAAAAUGGCUUAAAUGGUGUCAGAAUUCCCGUGGGGUGGUGGAUAGCUCAAGACCCAACACCACCAAAGCCUUUUGUUGGGGGAUCCUUGGAAGUGCUAGACAAUGCCUUCACAUGGGCAGAAAAGUAUGGCAUUAAGGUAAUUGUGGACCUGCAUGCUGCUCCAGGCUCACAAAAUGGAAAACCUCACAGUGCCUCAAGAGACGGGUAUCUAGAAUGGGGUGAUUCAUACAUAUCUGACACUGUUGCAGCCAUAGACUUCCUAGCAGAAAGAUAUGCGAACAGAUCAGGUCUGGUAGCAAUUGAGCUGAUGAAUGAGCCUCAAGGUGUAAAUUUGGAAAGCCUUAAAAGCUAUUACCAAGCAGGUUAUGAUGCGGUGCGAAAACACACGUCGAGUGCCUAUGUGAUCAUGUCUAACCCUCUGGAUAGAGACUCAAAAGUGCUUUUGUCCUUUGCUGGAGCUUUCGAUAAAGUGGCCAUUGACGUGCACUACUACAACCUCUUUUCGGAUAGGUUCUCCCAUAUGAAUGUGCAGCAGAACAUCGAUUAUAUUAAAAACCAAAGGGCUUCAGAUCUUAGCUCUCUCACGACAUCUAAUGGACCCCUCAUUUUUGUUGGGGAGUGGAGUGGUGAUUGGAAAGUUCCGAGAGCAUCAAAGGAAGAUCAACAAAAGUUUAUGCAAGCCCAAGUGGAGGUAUACUCUGGUGCCAAAUUUGGAUGGGCUUAUUGGGCAUACAAAUGUGACUCUAACUCCUGGAGUAUCAAGUGGAUGAUUGAAAACAAUUAUGUUAAGUUUAACUAG